CCUGAGCGUUGCAACCUGCCCACCAGGACCCAGUGACCUCAAUCAGCACCAGUGUUUUGCUCUCGAGUCCUAAGUAUUAUCAUGUCGUUCGAGCAUGCUCCCGUCACUAAAGGUCUCAUGAUGGGUAGCGCAUUGACAUCCAUCGUCGGUGGCAUUUUCGAUGUCAAGCACUACUUACACCUUCAGCUCGUGCCCCACGUGUCACGCAACCAUCAGUACUGGCGCCUCUUGCUUCAUCAUACUGCAUUCUCAAAUUCAAGCGAUCUCCUCAUUGCCGAGAUUCUGCUAUAUGGCGUCGGUGUACAUAUAGAACGUCAGUUUGGAAGCGUUAAAUUCGCGUCAUUCACCGCAGCCUCCGUUCUACUCGCAACGAUAUUAGAGUUUCUUACUCUCAUAUUAUUCCACAAUAUAGGAAUCAAUCAGAUCCCAUCCGGUCCAUCGGCACUACUCUUCAGCAUCCUUUAUCAGUGGUAUAGGCUGAUUCCUCCAGCGUACCAUUUUAGAAUAUUUGGAAUUGCUGGAAGCAAUAAAGCGUUCGUGUACAUACUUGCUUCUCAGCUUGCUUUAGGGCACCUUCCGGGUUCAUUUGCCCCAGCAGUUGUUGGACUACUCACCGGCUUCAUAUAUCGCUCAGAACUUGUCAAUAUUAAGAGUUGGCGACUGUCACCACCUAUAAUCCGCUUUAGUACGCGUUUCUUGCUUCCAUUGGUAGGUUCUACUCGCGCACCACGACGGUCUACCCGCGCUCGUCCCGAAACAACCCAUCAAGCGCCAAGCCCUGACAUCGGGAAUGAAGAGAUAAUCGCCACCGCGCGUCCUUCGGCAGGCACAGAAGAAACUGGAGGUUCCGUGGUGCGGGAAUGGGUUAACGAACUCACAGGGAGGAACGAGCAAGGCACCACAGGGGUUCGUGUCCCGACCGAUGCUGAAAUUACUCAGUUGACAACAAUGUUCCCAAAUAUGCAACGAGCCGUUAUCGUCGGGGCAUUACAGAGGAGUCCAAACAUUGAGAGUGCAGUUGAAUUACUCUUGGCUUCCUGAUGAUUUCGGUUCAGACAUCCUUGCAUACAUCUCUUUGUCCCAUUCGGAACAG